CCGAUCUGGCCCCCUGGUGUCUGCAGCCUGGCUUCUGCAGGUUCCCUCACCUUGGGUGCUGCCCACUACUUUGUGGGCGGAACGAUGCAGACAGAGAGUGGCACUAACCUGCAGGGCAGCAUAAGUCUGUUCCGGGUGUGGGGCAGAGCACAGAUCUCCACCCACACCUGCUCGGACGGGGAUGUGCUCCAAUGGCACAGUCGAGUCUGGGAUAAAAAUAACAAAUGCCAGCUUGUAAGAGAUGAGACAUUAAAAUGUGACUGGUCACUGUAUGAGGUUAAGAUGGAGUUUCUCAUCUGUUGGUUCAGUGGAAACAGAUACGACGCAGAAGAAAUCACACGUCACUGGUUAAGAAAAAAGCUUCCCUUAAACAUUCGCCUGAAUACAGUAACUGUGUCCUCAUUAGUAAGCUCUGCUGAAUCCUGUACAGACAAAGGAAAUGGCAAAGGAACUCUGAUGUACCACUCCAAAUUCAGAUGGUUUAAGGGUUUGGCUCAGCUCAAGGUGACCCCCAAAGGAGAUGCUGGAUAUGUCCAGGACAAGAUUUUUCGCAUCCUUAAGAAGGGCUAUCACUCACACAAUUACAUUCUAUUGGAACAAAUUUGUUCCUCUGUCAACACAGCAAACAUCUAUUACAACUCUCAAGCCAACAGGUUCAACUCCCAGGGCCACAGUUGUUCCUCAGUCAACAUCAAAAACAAACACCACAACUCUCAAACCAACUGGUACGACUACAAGAUCAACUUUUUCAACUCUCGAGGCCACAGAGUGGCCUGA